UAUUGAUGGUCAAAUUCAAUCAACGACUUGAUCUCUUGACUAGUGGCGGAUUCACAAAGCCUUCAAAAGGCCUACUAAAUUUCCCAACAAAACCAAAAUGAAUAAAAGCGACUAAUAAAGUGUUAAAACAAUAAACAACUCUUGCUGUUACAUUCCCACCAAGACCAAGUGGACAGAGCUUGUACAGAAUAUAAAAAGUACUAGGUGGUGUCAGUCGCUUUGAGAAUCAUGUCAACACGCAUGGAUCAGAAACACAUUUCUUCCUCAAUAUCACCGACACGCCGACACCGAAGCGGCGCGGAGUACCCAACUUCCGGUCAACUAGUGAUGGCACCGCCUACAACCACCACUGCCACUGCCAUUACUCCCUACAGACCUUUGUUAUCAAGGUUUAACUUACCACCUGGUUGGGGUGUUGAAGAAGUGCCUCGCUCUACUGGUCAUCAUAUUGACAGGUACUACUAUGAGCCCGGGACUGGGCUAAAGUACAGAUCAUUGAGAGAAGUCGAGCGACGAUUGAACGGUGAAAUAGUUGCUCCUAGAACCAGGGUAUCGACAAGGAGAAACUAUUCUAAGGCAAGUAGUUCUCUAUCUCGGAAGAUGGUUAUCUAUGACGGAAAGAUGGUGUGUAUGGAUCAAGAGAAGUUGAAUGAAUGGGCAAUUGUGCCAUCAACAUGUGCAGCCACCGUACCCUAUGAUCUUCCUGAUGGUUGGGUAAUAGAAGAGGUACCACGUAGAGACGGAAGCUUGGUGGAUAAGUAUUACUAUGAACCAGGUACCGGACUAAAAUUUAGAUCCAGAAUAGCAGCACAGAGAUACUUGGCGGAAAUGAGAGAAGACGUUCCUUUGUCAACUAGUUUAGAAGAAUUAAAAGAGAAUAAACCAUUGUCCAAGAUGUUUAAGUUGCACCAUCAUGCAAGGAAAUCUCCUCCAUGUACGAGAAACAUCGUUCGAGAGAAUUCAGACAAAUCCUCGUUUCUUUCUCCACCAGCAAAAGUAAAUUGGGUCCUUUCUAGUCCUAGAGGGGAUGCUUGGAAUCCUUUCAUUGCUGGAACACCAAUUCCUGAUUCGGUAAAACAGCAGUGGACUAAACGAUUCAUGUUGCUCAUGAAUGACGAGACCCUCAAUGCAGAAAACUCGAACUAGAAAGGCGUUAAACCGAGAGUUCAAAAAGAAUGCUGUUCUGGAAACAGUUGUUUACGUUUCACGAAAGCUUAGACUACUUCUAACUAGAGAACUGCAUGCUAAUCUUGUAUAUACCGACAUUAUGCAACUCCUUUUCACUUUGCUGUCUAACCACUGUACAUAAUCUCUUGUUCUGCUAAUUCUGUGUUUGCUCAUGCUCUCAAUGUGUUUUGUAACCAAUUCAACAACUUUUUUCUAUGGUACAUGUUUUUUCUUUGGUACAUGUUUUAAGUACGGAUGUAUAAUUAAAGUUUGUAGUUUCAGUCAUAUACAGUAGUUAUGGAAUCUACUUGUAACA